ACUCCCUGCACGACAGUGGACCAUGUCCGAUUUCGAUCGCGUUACGCUCAAGGAUGCAUCCACGACGCUGGUAGAUCGCAGAGUGAAGAGCACUCGCCCCUUGAUCCCCCCGCAAAUUCUCGCUGAGGACCUCCCUCUUACCCUCACCGGCGCCCAGACCGUCCUAGAAGGCCGCAAAGCCACUGAAGCCAUCCUGCGCGGCUACGAUGACAGGAUAAUGGUGGUCGUUGGGCCAUGCUCAGUUCACGAUAUCGAUGCCGCUACCGAGUACGCCAAGAAGCUAAAGGCAUACGCGGACGGCGCGAAAGAGGACCUUCACAUCGUUAUGCGCGUCUACUUCGAGAAGCCGCGGACAACGGUCGGCUGGAAGGGUCUCAUCAACGACCCCGACAUGAACGGCAGCUUCCAAAUCAACAAGGGACUGCGCCUUGGUCGGACGUUGCUGUUGGAUAUCGCCAGAAUGGGCUUGCCUGCCGGAUGUGAGUUCCUGGAUACGAUCACGCCGCAGUACACGGCAGAUUUGGUCACCUGGGGCGCUAUCGGCGCCCGCACGACUGAGAGCCAGGUCCAUCGUGAAUUGGUAUCUGCAUUGUCGAUGCCGACCGGCUUCAAGAACUCCACCGAUGGCAGUAUCGGGAUUGCCAUCGAUGCAUGCAGGGCGGCGAAGACCCCUCACGUCUUCUUGUCCGUCGGCAAGGAGGGUUUGAGCAGUAUUGUUGAGACCGAGGGCAACCCCGACGUUCACGUUAUCUUGCGCGGUGGAAACAAAGGACCAAAUUACAAUCGCGAGUUCGUUCGCGAGUGCGGAGAGAAGCUUGCUAAAGCCGGAUUGCCUCAGAAGAUCAUGAUUGACUGCAGUCACGGCAACAGCUCGAAGCAGCACCGGAAGCAAGCCGAGGUUGCGGAAGACAUCGCCCAGCAACUCGAGUCGUUAGACACGGCGUCGAUGAUCAUGGGUGUCAUGAUUGAGUCCAAUCUUGCCGAGGGACGACAAGACAUCCCUCCCGCUGGCCGCGCGGGAUUGAAGUACGGCCAAUCGGUGACGGAUGCUUGCUUGUCCUGGGAGAUGACUGUCCCCGUUCUCGAUCGUCUCCGCCAAGGUGUCCAGAACCGCCGCAAAGCAGUCUAUGAAGCUGCCCGAGGGAUCGCCUCCAAUGGCGUCAACGGCGCCUGAAAGCCCACUAGAGGAAUCGCCGGACCCAUUUUGCCGGCAUUGUACUUGUUUUGCAUAUUGUACGUUGAUUGUGUAGUUGUGCUGUACCGCCUUGCUCGUGUAUGCUGUCGUCAUCCUAUCGCCAAUGUAUCGCCGUGAUGCGUUCCGUAUUGCGCUAUCUGUGGCGUGGACGUACUGAAUAGAAAGCCC